CGCCGCCUCCUCGCGGAGUGGAUGGCGGCAGCCAGAUUCGGAGCCCCGCCGCGCUGCCCAUACACACCAAAGAGGACACAAAUUCUUCAGCUGCAAAUGACAUGGAAUGCUGCUUCGCCAAGCAAAUGCAUCUAAUCUAAUCUCUACAAUCUGCAGGAGAAGAGCCAACAUAUUUGAUUCCUUGACAAGACCACAAUCUGAUCCCAAACAUGUGCUCCACAAACCCAGGCAACUGGGUCACCUUUGAUGAUGAUCCCGCUUUCCAGUCUUCUCAAAAGUCAAAGAAUUUGCCUUUGGAGAAUCAAGGUGUCUGUAGACCAAAUGGACUUAAGCUGAACCUUUCUGGCCUCAAGGAAUUUCCCAGUGGAUCUUCCUCUACCAGCAGCACCCCUCUCUCCUCUCCCAUUGUAGACUUUUACUUCAGUCCAGGACCUCCAAGUAACUCUCCUCUUUCUACACCUACCAAAGACUUCCCGGGUAUUCCUGGCAUCCCCAAAGCAGGGACUCAUGUGCUUUAUCCUAUUCCAGAAUCAUCUUCAAACAGCCCACUCACACCACCAGGAGUAGGUUCCUCCUUACCGCCUACUAAACCUACCUGCUUAUCCCAUGCUUUCUUACCCAGUGACCACUCAUGUACUGGUCUUCCAGAUGAAAUCAGCCCUCACCAGGCUGAAAGCCAAGGGUUUCAAAGUGGUGAUGCUCCCCAGUUUCAAUAUUUUCGGGAGGACUGGGCUUUUUCAAGUCCAUUUUGGAAAGAUGAAGGCAGUGCUUCCCAGUUUACCUUUGAGCCCCCAGGAGGCAGAAAGAUAUUCUCAUCGAGAGACAAGGAGAUACCAAUUGAUCAAAAAAGUCUAAAUAAAUGUUCACUCAACUAUAUCUGUGAGAAGCUUGAACAUCUACAGUCAGCUGAGAACCAAGACCCACUUGGAAACCUGUCUAUGCAAUGUCUGUGUGCUGAAGACACUGUCUCUUCCUUUGUCCCCCAAGCGCUCUUCAGGAGUCAGCCAAAAGCUGGAUGGUCUUUCAUGCUGAGAAUCCCUGAGAAGAAGAACAUGAUGUCUUCCCGGCAGUGGGGACCAAUUUUUCUGAAAGUUUUACCUGGAGGAAUUUUGCAAAUGUAUUAUGAGCAGGGCUUAGAGAAACCAUUUAAAGAGUUACAGCUUGAUCCACAUUGCAGGCUUUCUGAACCCAAAGUUGAGAACUUUAGUGUGGCAGGAAAAAUCCACACCGUGAAGAUCGAACAUGUGUCUUACACAGAAAAAAGGAAAUACCACUCGAAGACAGAAGUAGCUCAUGAGCCAGACAUAGAACAGAUGCUGAAGUUAGGGUCCACAGAGUACCACGACUUCCUCGACUUUCUGACUACUGUAGAGGAGGAGCUGGUGAAGCUGCCAGCUAUUUCAAAACCAAAAAAGAACUACGAGGAGCAAGAAAUUUCCUUGGAAAUUGUGGAUAACUUUUGGGGUAAAGUCACAAAAGAAGAAGGAAAAUUGGUUGAAAGUGCUGUGAUGACCCAAAUCUGGUGCCUCUGCUUCCUGAAUGGGAACAUGGAAUGCUUUUUAACCCUGAAUGACCUUGAGCUGCAGAAGCGAGAUGCAUGCUAUUUUGAAAAAGACUCAGAAAAGAAGGGGAUUGAUAUUCUCGACUACCACUUUCACAAGUGUGUGAAAGCACAAGAAUUUGAGCAGUCAAGAAUCAUCAAGUUUGUACCCCUGGAUGCCUGCCGGUUUGAGCUGAUGCGUUUUAAGACUUUGUAUCACGGGGACGACCUCCCCUUUUCUGUGAAGUCUAUAGUGGUUGUCCAGGGCGCAUAUGUGGAACUUCAGGCCUUCGUCAACAUGGCCCCGUUGGCUCAGCGGCCAUCCCACACUGGUUCCUUGAGGUCCUGUGACAAUGUAAUGAUACACUUUCCUGUCCCAUCACAGUGGAUCAAGGCCCUCUGGACCAUGAACCUCCAAAGGCAGAAGUCCCUAAAAGCUAAAAUGAACCGCCGGGCAUGUCUGGGGAGUUUCCAUGAGCCUGAAUCUGAACCUGUCAUUCAGGUCACUGUGGGGUCAGCAAAAUAUGAGAGUGCCUACCAGGCGGUGGUAUGGAAGAUAGACCGGCUUCCAGACAAAAAUUCAAGUCCUGACCAUCCCCAUUGUCUGUCAUACAAACUAGAACUUGGAUCAGACCAAGAAAUUCCCUCUGAUUGGUAUCCAUUUGCUACUGUUCAGUUUUCAAUGCUUGACACCUGUGCCUCAAGGACUGCGGUCGGGUCUCUGGGGGUGGAGAGUGACGUCCAGCCCCAGAAACAUGUUCAACAGCGAGCUUGCUACAAUGUCCAGGUUGAAAUAGAAAAGAAGUGGAUUAAAACCGAUGGAGAAGAUCCAGAUAAAGUUGGUGACUGUGUAACUCAGUAGGAGUGGCAAGAGUAAAUGAUGACGACCCCCUUGUCAAAUACAUAAUUCACAGAAAGCACACCAGGGUCUGCUACUGUAUAGUGGAAAUGACAUCUGAACAGUGGGCUUAGGACAGGUCCACUGGCUGUGUUUAGAGAAGUGUAGACCUAAAACCAAACAAUUUGUGUUUUAUGCUUUUGAUGUGUUUUUGCCCUAGGGGUUUGAUCUACAAUGUGUCUAUAAUUUGUGUGAUGUUUUGCUUUCCACUGAAACGCAAACUCAAAGGCACUGUUAUUUGUUGUAUGACCUGGCAGCCCCGUUUGGCCAAAGGGCUUUUGAUUUUUGAGUACUCAGUGGGCGAUUCUGUCGCACCCUGGAUUACUUAGGUGCCAUGUUUACUAUUCCUAUCUCUUCUUGCUGUGCUAGCACCUGUAGUAGAGGGUAAGGCAAUCAAAGGAGACAUUCACCAAAAUACUCCAUUUUCUCUCUUGCUUGCUUCUGAAAUGUGGCCAGGUGUAGAGUGAUGUUGAAACCACAAGCUAAAAACGGAGAUCUGGAAGUAUCUGCAGUUCUGAAUUAUUUAUCUUCCUGUCCUCUUACCACAUUGUUGAGCAAUCAUUGGCUGUGUUUGGUACCUGUCUUUCCCCCACUGUAUUAUCAUUUUCAAAAUAAGUUUGUAUUCUGGUGUGUGCUGCAAAGAAGCUAUUCCUGUUGGCAUACAUAUUUUAGUACAAAGUCACUAAGAUGUAUUUCCUUUUGCUUGGCAGGAUUUUUUUCAAAAUGGAAUCUGAGUAUUGGACACUAGUUAAAAUAUUUAUGUACAUUAAAGAUGAAUUUUUUAAGUGUGUGAAUGUUGUUUUCCAAAAGUACAGACUCUAAAAAUGUGUUUUGAUAAAGUGUUAGUUGUAAUGAACACAAGCCUCUCUUGAUAGAAGUCUAAACAGUAGUAUGAUUAUUUUAUCCUAGUUCUGCGAUCUUGCUAUUUUAUGCUAAUUCUGCUUAGAGUAUUUUUCUUUAAAAGAUGAGCAAAGUGAAAAAUGCUAUAUUGUUUUACCUAGAUUUCUAAGAGGCAACAUUUUUAUUCUUCAAAGUCAGGUAAAUGACUAUAAUAGUUUGGUUCCUAAUGAAAAGUCAAUGGCAUUAGCAAUUAUAACGCUGCUUUUAAUCUCCUUUUAGUAUUUACAAUGAAAUUCAGAAUCUUAAAAUUUAUGAAGUCUAUAUUCUAGGUAUUUUUUAGUCUGAAAAACAAACUCCUCCAUGUGGUAUUACUACACCUUCAAUUUAUGUUGAAUCUCAGAUGUAAUUAGGAGAUAUUUUUCUCUAUUUGCCAGAUUUGUUUUGAGUCAAAACUGAUAUAAUGUUCUUCCAAACAACAUUUAUUUGUUGGCCUACGGAGUUUAUUUCAUACGUUUUAUUUAAUGUUGUAUUACACUCAUUUAAAUCUGUCUAAAAAACAGAUUAAAACAAACAUUUAUGGGUGGUCUGUAUCCAUCAGGAGAUUUUAUUGCUUUUCAUUAUUUUACUGUAGAGGGAGAGGAAUGCAAAAGUUGCUGGUUAAAAUGAAUUGGUAUUGCUCUUUUUAACUUCACUUGAUGCAUUGCUCAUAAUAUCAUAUGCUUGAGAUUCACUGUUGAUGUAUAGGAGGGCAAAUCUGUGUGUGUAUGUCAUUUUUAAAAAAUUCCACCAUCUUUCCUUAUCAUCUGGUGUGGGCACACUCUGGAGUGACUUCAAUCUGCUCAGAACCCACACGGAGGCGGGCUGAGUCUGAAGCUGCACCACAGUCCCAGUGAAGUGAGCUGGGUUAAUGACUGUCAUUCCUUUCUGGAUGUGUUUUAAGGCAUCCUGCCCAUAAAGAACUCACAAUCUGAUUCAGAUGAACUUAAUGAAUAUUUACACCUCAAAAUAAAUUCAGCCAAGUGCUCCGUUAAUUGCCCCUCAUGUUUCACACGUUGACUAGUAUCUGUGGGUACCUCCCUGCUAGGGUCAUUUACUCAUAAGCCACCCAGCCUUCAGGAGCAUCUCAGGAUUCAGUGUUGAAAAUAUAAUAACAAAAGACUGAGAGCUCAAAUGGAGUUUCUGCAGCCAAGGUUGAUAGCAUUAACAGCAGGGGGCUACUGCAUAAUUGUUAAUUUGCACAUCUAUUAGGAUCCUUAAAUAUUCAUUACUUAGUGUUAAAUUAACAUUCUGGGUAGAGAGGGGAGACUUUUUAAUACAGUUCUUCUGACCUCAGUUAUGGCAGGAGGUCAAAUGUGACUACAGAGCUCUAAGUGAAAAAUCAGGUAGGAUCCAUUUAGACUUACAAAUUGAGAAGUAGAAUCUCCUUUGCCAGAAUAGUGAUCUUCCAAAAACUCCUACUUUGGAGGGAGGGAAGGGAGAAAGAAAGGGAGUCAAGGAGGGAAUACUUCUUUUCUAGCAUUUUAAUUUCAAUCACUCCUUUAUGAGUUUGACCAAUUUGGAGUCAAAUUAGCAUAUUUCCAUGUAAUUUACCACUUCAUGACUAGUUAUUCUGCUGUAAUUGUUUUGGUACGAUCACCUUUCCAGUUACGGGAUCAUAUUAACUGUGUAAAUGAAUUCCUGGGUUGAUCAUUACAUGAUCAACUGUGCAGAUCUGAAUUUAAGGACAUUUUCUUUUUCUAUGGGAAUUACAACAGUUUAUCCAUUAACAAAGGUAUGAAAAAAGAAUACUUUCUAGCACAUAAAUAAAGGCUGAAAUUUUCUACCUGUUGUACAUAUUAGACUGUUCUAGGAUUUAGUUCCCUUCAUUCUGGAUCUGUGCUUAUGAUACAGCCCCAUUUAUUAUAAGUUCAGUUGGGAGGUCUUCCUUAACAAUGACUGUUAUAAUGUUUUACUCUAAAUAUGAUUUUAUGUCCUGUCAAUAAAAAUAUGAAACACAUUGAGCCUUAAUAAUCAUGUAACAAAAUAUUUUGUAGAUUACAUAUUGAUUUUUCUAAAAUUAAAGAUGUAUUUCAAAUGAUUCUUGCUGUAGAUUUAUAUCUUCUUUUGCAAGGCCUGGGGCAAUAUUUUUCAAGGUAUGAAAUCAAUUUCAAUAACCUUAAACAAUUGACUCUCUGUCAGGCAUAUGUACAUAGCUUCACUAUUAAGGAGUCAGUGAACAUGGCAUAUCCUGGAAAAAUGACACUAUCAAACUAUAGUUGAUGAUGUUAUAAAGGAUGAUUUUAAAAAUAAGGUAUGAUCAUGACUCAUGAAGAUAUGAGAUGACUAUGUGCACAAGAUUUUAUUUAACUCAUUAACUAAUGAGGGAACUGGUAAGGUGUUAUAACCACUUCCAAGGAGAAUUCUUCAAAGAGCAGAGACAUAUAUAGGAAGUAAAGAAGACUGAAAGAAGUUUGCAGAUAGAUGCAAAAUGGAUCUAUGUACAGGACAAUAGUCAAUAAUUCCUCAUACCCUAACACGAUUAAUUUGUAUUUCUCUGGACAAGGAUCAUGUGAUGAUUAUCAGUUUUCUACAACUUACAGAGUUGUAAAAUAACUCAAAGACAAUGAAAGGUGUUGAUACCCUGGAUGAACGAGCUAGACAGGACUUCUACUGUUCAAAGUCUUUCACAAUUUUUCCUGAUAACAGGAGAAACUUUGUCCACAGGAGAAUUCCAUGGAAUUUUCAAACAUUGGCAACUUGUACAGUAGUACUUUAGAAUUAAUGUGCAUUUAAAGGCAAAGUUUUUGAAGUUUAGAAAAUUAGUUUUACAUAAUUGUACAGAAUUUAUUUCAGGUGAGUAUGUGGAUGGGGAAGGGAGAGUGUGAAGGAGGGCUAUAAUAGAAAUGAAGAUAAAUCAGUGCUGAUUAAGAAAAACAACCUAACAACCUCUCCACCCCACUUUUUAUAGGAAAUAGCCUCAUAUCGAAAUUAAAUUUUUAUUUAGCUAUUAAAAUUAGUAUUUCAAAACUGCAACAGCACUUCAUAGAGGCCAGAUCAUUAAGCAGUGUUUUAGCCACUGCUGGCAUUAACAAGGCUUGCCUCUAGUUCUUCAGGAACAACAAAAGGAUUAAUGACAUAAACUGACAAUAUUAGUAACAACAUUCCUCAAAAUCCCAUCAAUCAAUUCUUUCCUGUUUUGUUUCAAUUCUAGCUAUACUGCCCCUCCCCCUUUGUGGAGACACAAGGUAGAUUUUGAUGUUGUCUCUCCUAAACCCUCCCCAUUCUCUGCAGCUACUCUAUUUCAAGGAUGCUUUGGUGCCCUUAUCCAGGGUCCUAAAACAUAUGGCUAUUGUGUAUUCAGUUGAACCACAUGCAGCUGCCAAUAUCCACCAUGCUUGAUGGCAAUUUCAUGGGGCUCAACCUAAUUACCUGCAUAUUUCCCUGGGUCAUAUGAAACAGGAUUUGUCUCUUUACAAGUGUAUGAGUAAGUUCCGGCUUAAAACUGGCAUUGAAAUAUGAAUUUGACUGUAAUUAAUUUUUAAAGCAAGAUAGUAUUGCUAGUCAGGAAGCAAAUAGUUAGGUAAAAAAAAUCAUAUAUAAAAGCUGCAGGUAAUAUUGUGCCUUUAAAAUUAGGUUCCACUUAUAAAUAAAAUGAAAACUGAUUAGAUUAAUUUCCUCAUGUUUUAAAAGAUUAAAGUUAGUUCCAUGAGACUUCCUGGGGAAGAAGGGCGACUCACCAUUACACUUGUGAGGUGUGCUACUUCCCCUUCAUGUAUCUGCAUCGGCACAGCCUUCCAAACUUCAGAGGGAAGGGUGGCUUAUUUAAACAAUAUGAUUGUGUGUUGACAUUUUCCUGAGAAGCCCCCUUCGUGCUACCCAGAAUUGUAAAUUUCAUGAAAUGUAAUUUGCAGUACACUCUUGAAACAGAAGAGGGUGCUCGUAGGCAAGCUGAUGCUACCUAGUUAGAAACAUUAGCUUUUGAAUUUGGUGGUGCUUCUAUUAUGAUUAAUAAAAGAUCUUGGGGGCAUUUUAUAAAAUAUUUUAAAGCAUUGUGAGUCCAGUGGAGUAUAAUUAAAAUUAAUGCAGUAGACAAACACUUUAAAGUAUUCUUAAUGCCUUGUCUAAAAAUGCUGUUGAAUACGAUUUUAUGCAUCCCCAAGUUUUAAAUACUAUGCUUAUCUCUAAGCAUUUCUAACUAUUAAAGAGUCAAAAAAAUGGUGCCUUUGUUUUCCAAAGAUUUCAAACAAACUUUUUCUAAUGAGAGUUACUAUACUUUAAAUAGUCCUACUUUAAAAGAUUUAUAAAAUAUAAUUAAUUCAUUUUGUUUUGGCACGUGUCAAGGUCAAUGCGGACUUUAGAAAGCUCCAGCCCAGGAUUGUAUCUUCAGAUUCUUAGGUAAGAACAAGCAAAUACAGAAUAUUCUAUGCUACUUUGACUCAGGGACAAGCCUUCAUACUGUUUCAGUCCUCAGAAAGCAGUAAUGAGCACUGUCCUUCUACAUUUCUCUUAGAAAUCUUUCUGGGUGGAUGUUGUCAUUCUUUUAUAAAGCCUGUUAGGAUGCUCUAUUUCCGAAAAUCUUAUAUCAUGAGUAAGUCUAUGAGUGUAGCUGAACACAUGAGGCUUUCCCCAAGAUGUCUUUCACAUUCUGAAGUAUAAUACAAAAGACUUCCUUAAGAAAUUGGCUGUCACAGUUGGCCACUUUGAGUCACCUCAAAAUGCUAUGUGAUCAUAGUCCCAGUUAAUCACCUUGCUGAUCAUUCUAAUGUUUAUCAGAUGCUUACUAUAUGUCUGUAUUUUUCUAGGCACUGGGGACAAGCAAUCAAAAAACCAGGUAAUUCCUGCUCUUGUACAGGGUAUAAACAGAUACCAAGUUGUGAUCAUUGCUAUGCAGAAAUAUAAAGCAAGGUAAAGUGACAAAGAGUGAUACAAGAAUGCUAUUUUAGAUGGGUUGGUCAGAGAUGUCCUCUCUGAUGAGAUGACAUUCUUGCAGAGACCUGAAAGAAAUGAGGGAGAGAUCCACCCAGAUGCCCCAGGGAAGAGUGCACCCAGUAGAGGCACUGCUAAUGCACAGGCCCAAGACCGAGGGUGCUAGCUGGUCAGAGGAACUUCAUGAAGGGCAGAUGGGGGCUGAGUGGCUAGAUCAGAGUGAGCAAGGUGGUGGGGGAUGCAGAUGGGAGCAAUCAGAGGAAUUGUGGGCAGGUCAGGGGAGGCCUGUACUUUGGCCAAGUACUUUGGAUUUUAUUCUAAGUAAGAUGGGAGCCCCUAGAAGGCUUUGUGCAGAGGACUGACAUGGACUUUAUCACAUGCUAAGAUGGUUCUAUGGACAUAAAAGGGGGGCAAUGGCAGGGGCAGAGAGAAUAGUUGGGACUCUGUUGCAAUACGUAGGUGUCUUAGUCUGUUCCUGCUGCUAUACCUUAGAGUGGAUAAUUUGUAAACAACAGACAUUUAUUUCUCACGGUUCUGGAGGCUGAGAAGUCCAAGAUCAAGGUGCUGGCAGAUUCAGUGUCUGGUGAGGCCCUGUUCCUCAUAGAUGGUACCUUGUUGCUGCGUUUGCAUGUGGCAGAAGGGGCAAAAGGGGUCCCUUAAUUUUCUUUCAUAAGGGCAUGAAUCCCAUUCACAGGGACUCCACCCUUAUGACACAAUCACCCCCCAAAGGCCCCACCUGUAAUACCAUCACCUCAGGGGUUGGGUUUCAACAUGUAAAUCUUGGGGGG